UUCAGAUGGGGCAACAUCUCGAUACUAGUUUUGCUUUAAAUACGCAUGCGUCGCAUUUAGUCAAACUAAAAACUUUCAGAAACACGCCUCGAGACCCCCGCGCGCUUAUAUAAUCUGUCAGCAACAUUCAGACAAGAGAGCGCGUGCGGUGCGCGCGCAUCCUGAUUCCCCAAACCGCUGUCUUUAGUAGGCAGGUGACCAGGUGUUGAGACAGCCCAUAAUCUGCUGACGGACAGUCUGCGCUGAAGGAGAACUUUCCUGGAUUGUAGGUAGAGCUGACUGAAGCCAAAGGGUAAAUGAAGUAACGUUUACAGAAGAGUUUGGAUGUACAAGGGGAAACUUUUGAGAAAACUUCAACAGGAUUACGUUGGUCCAAACCCAGUUCGAUUUAGGGAAUAAUGGAUUGUGUUUCGUAAAGGCAUUACUGACUGUACAGGUGUGUCGACGAAUGCAGGGGAGAUGGGCUGCUGGAGAUGGUGCUACACGACGUGCAUCUGUUGCUUGUCUGAAGAGGAUAAAAACGCCAUCGUCAUUCACAAUGAAAUCAAAAGAAUCCUUGCAGAGCAGAAGAAGCGGGAGAGAAGGGAAAUCAAAGUGCUUUUAUUGGGCACUGGAGAAAGCGGGAAGACCACUUUUAUCAAGCAGAUGAGGAUCAUUCAUGGAAAGGGAUUUUCGGAAGAAGACAGACGUGGAUACAUUAAAAAUGUUUAUCAGAAUAUUUUCACAGCGAUGAGGGCAAUGACAGGGGCGAUGGAAAGCUUGAGGAUUCCCUACGCAAACCCACAGAAUGAGGCAUAUGGACGGCAGUUUAAAGACGUGGAAAUCCGUCAGGUGACGCAGCUGGACAGAAUGUAUGUGGAGGCCAUUCGGCGGCUUUGGGCCGAUCCAGGAAUCAAGGCUUGUUACUGUCGCCGUAGAGAGUACCAGCUUCUGGACUCCACAGAAUACUAUAUGACGAAUUUGGAUCGUAUCGCGGCUCCAGACUACAUCCCUACAGCUCAGGAUGUCCUGCGAGUGCGCUUUCCCACCACAGGCAUCAACGAUUACUCCUUCAGUGUGGAAAAGAUCACUCUCAGGAUUGUGGAUGUGGGUGGCCAGAAGUCGGAGAGGAGAAAAUGGAUCCAUUGCUUUGAGAAUGUGACAUCGCUUAUAUUUUUAGCCUCCCUCAGUGAGUACGAUCAGGUGCUGGAGGAGAAUAGCAAAGAGAAUCGAAUGAAAGAGAGCCUGUCGCUCUUCUACACCACCAUCCACUCGCCGUGGUUCGCCAGUGCCUCCAUCAUUCUCUUCCUAAACAAGAUGGACAUCCUGGAGGAAAAGAUCCAGUCGUCUGAUUUAAAAGCCUACUUCCCUGAGUUUCAAGGCAGACGACGGGACGUGCAGGACGCCAAGAGCUACAUCUCCCAUUUGUACGAACAGAAAGCCAAAUGUACCGAGACAAAGACGUCCAAACAGAUCUACCCUCACUUCACCUGCGCCACGGACACCAAUAACAUCCGGAAGGUUUUCGGUGACGUGAAAGACACUGUCCUCAUCAGGUCUCUGAGGGAAUAUGGAGUGCUCUGAUUGGCCCACUUCUUUUCAGGACGUGCCUUGCUUUUUUGCUGCAGGCUUGAUUAAACUGAGCUUGGAUGUUAUUUUGCCACUUCUAUGCAACCUUCCGUUUCUUUGUCUUUCACCUCGUCUGAUUUUUGUCUACUUCCGACAAUCACAAUCCAUUAAUAUUGGCACUCUUUUUUUGUUUAAGGGUGACAAAACACAGAUGCUCACAAUGGCGAUUGAUUGGGUCAGAUUGGGUACGGCAAUAACUCAAUGCUAAAGAUUUAAUCAGGCUUUUUUUCAGAGAUUUUUUUUAUUGUUGUUUAACCUUUUGCUCCUUUUGUAUGAGAGUAGAGGGUUUUUUUUCUUGUACAUGAGCUUGGAUUUGAGUUUUUGGAGAGUUUCUGACACGUAUGCUGGGUUCACACCAAAUGUGGAAGUAUUCAUUUGCAUUUAGUCAUAUAGCAGAUGCUUUUGUCCAAAGCGACUUACAAAAGAGGAGGCAUUCAACAAGAAGAGGUAAUACACACAAGAAGUUAUACAAAGUAACUUGCUUGUGCUCAGACAAUUAAGUGCUAGAGUAAUCCCGCGCUCACAUUAGAGUUUAAGCAUGCAAAAUUCUGUCGUACGGCGCUACAAAAAGGAGCGGUAUUAAAUAAUAUGACUUUAAAAAGCGAGCGAUUGGUGCAUAUUUUAAAUUUCUGUCCAGAGAGGUCAUGUUUUGAUCUUUGAUUGGUCUCACACAGCCAAGUAAUGCGAUUUCACAGAUCAGAGUUCACCAAGCUUGAACUUUCUAAUGCAGCGAAUUGUGAAACUUGUCAUCUGAGCUUACAUUUCUGGUCUGCUGUAUUCGCAUGCGCAUAAAUAAAAGUCUAUGGGGCAAAACGUGCAGUGUGAGCACGGCUUAAGACUGCUAGAGUUUUAUUGUUUUUGCGAAGUUGAUUCUACAGGUGGUUUGCCAAGCCCACUCAUCUGUGUGAAGCACACUUCAUAAAUGCACAGUAUUUGAGUCGGUCAAUAUGUCAGUGAGAUGAAUGAGUGUGUUUUCUACAGGUGGUUUGUUAGGCCCACUCAUCUGUGUGAGGCACACUCAGAAUUUAUAGUAUUUUGUGUUGGUGUGUGUUGAUGUGGAGAUAAAGAAAAGAGGUCUAGGUUUUAUUCACCAGGGAUUAGGUGCUCUCAGAAAAGAUGGGUUUUUAGUUGUCGUUUGACAGAUACCAUAGAUAUAUGGUCUAGAUAUCGCAAAGGGACCCUGAGCUUGCGUCAAUAGCGCCCCCACAUUGGUACAGUGCUCUUAGGAAAAAUGUCUUUCAACCGCACUAGUCAAGACAAGUGUUACUACGUGAAGAUGCUGGACGUUAGCGCUGUCUACGGGUGUAGUAACGAACAAACAAAGAAA